UGUGAUAGACUAUUGAUUUAUUAGUUGUGAUAGACUUAUACUACAAUGGAUAAAAUUGAAAAACAUAUAGUUAUUCAAGCCGAUACGCUAGAAAAGGUGAAAAAGGCGUACGUUAACUACAAGAAAUCUCCUAAGGAGAGAUUAACGGCUGGUUAUGUGAAGGGAAGAAUAGAUACACUGGAAUUGUACUGGAAAGAGUUUCAAGUCGUACAUGAAAAGUUAAUUUUGUCGGUUCCUAUGGAACAGCGUCAAGCUACAAAUUAUUUCGCCGACAACACGUUCGAGGCAUUUGAAGAAGCAUAUUACACAUACAAAGGCGAAAUGAUGUCUAUGUUAGAUAGUAUGGUUCCGACAAAAAGUGAGUCUAAACAAACACUUACACCUAGUACAUCGAAUACAUCGAAUAAUAGUGAAGUAAAAUUGCCAAGAAUUUCGCUUCCUUCGUUUAAUGGCAAUUAUACUGAAUGGCAGUCUUUCCAUGACUUAUUUAUGGCAUUAGUACACAACAAUGAAUCUUUGCAAGAUGUUCAAAAGCUACAUUACCUAAAGAGCAGUUUAGCUGGAGAAGCGGAGGCAUUAUUACGACAAUUUUCAAUAACCGCUGAAAAUUACAAAGAAGCUUGGUCAGUACUGAAGAAACGUUAUGCUAAUAAGAGAUACAUAGCAAACUGUGUUUUUAAGAAAUUCUUUACACAAAAGACGUUAACACACGAAUCGGCUACAGCUUUAAGACAACUGCUGGAUACUUCGGUGGAAUGUAUGAGUGCACUGAAACAUCUGGGCUUACCUACGAAUAAUUGGGACGCAAUUAUUAACUAUUCCAUAGUGUCAAAAUUAGAUUCGAGCACUCACAAGGAAUGGGAAGAGUUAAUAAGCAGAGAUGAGACGAACGACUUACCUAGUUUUGAUAAAUUAAAAUCGUUCCUGGAAAAUAGGUUCCGUACUCUGGAGAUGGUUGAGCCUGCAAGUAAAGUAUACAAACCUGUGAAAACAAAGAUGUUUCAUGUAACUGCAACGAGUGAAGUGAAGUGCACAUUCUGUAACGAAGAUCAUUACAUUUAUCAAUGUAAACAGUUUUCUAAGCAAACAGUAGAAGACAGAUACAGUUUCGUGCAGAAAAAUAAUCUCUGUUUUAAUUGCCUGAUACCAAACCACAGUGUAUUUAAGUGUAAACAAAAGACAACUUGCCAGAUUUGCAAAAGAAAGCAUCAUUCGUUAUUGCACCGAGAGAAACAAGCAAGUGGAGAAUCGCAUACGUCUGGAGAAACAAAUAACAACAAUACAGAAACGAUACAAACCACCGAUUAAUCGGUCACAGACCACAGAGCAACAUAGACCUACGUGUAUAUGCAUAAAGUUCAAUUUCAGUUUUGACACUUCGGUGACGUGGCGACAGCGUGACAGCUUUUGUGUUUGACACGGCGUCGAAAAAGUUAA